AUGCCAGACAAUCCACAGUUUCUUGGACCACUACUCCCGCAACACAUUGCCGAAACCAUCAACGUCAGCAUUGGACCCAGUGGCGAGAACAGGGAGUAUCUCUUGCAUCUCCAAGAUGCCCUAGAAGCUCUGAGUGCUCACAGCCAUGACGAACAUAUUGCCGAUCUAGCACGAAGAGUGCGUGCUUUGGAUCCACCUACGCGGCCGGCAUGUCCUUCUUCAAUCGGCCACGACUUGAGGAAGAUUAACAGCACCGAAGAACAAGAAGAGAUUGAGAAGGAUACAUGA